CUCCAUCUCAAAAGAAAAGAAACAGGCUUAGGAGAAGUGAUCUGCCCAAGAUUGGGAUGAAUCCUCAACUGGGCCCAUCUCUAAUUUGGCUCCUCUCUGCUACGAUGCUGCAAGAAUUUUCAGGCCAAAUUUAGUCCCUGGGUAAAGGUAGGGUACAACUUUUCUAUUUUUUAAGCUGUGAGAGGGUAGAGUACAAAAGAGAUAUUCGAAAUUGUGCUCCCUGAGUAUCAGACUUUUAGAAGCAGAUACCUGGCUGUUCUCAUUGUAUUAGAAGAAGCAGGAUGAACAAAAGGUUUUGGAGAAUGCUAGGAAACACGGCUGGGGUUUGAGAGACUUAGGCAGCAUGACAUUCAGGCCCUUUUAGGUUAUUAGGACAAUGAGGGUUCCGGGCCCUGUCCCUAACCUCCAGCUAGGUAAGUGGCAAAGCACUUCUGGCUGUUUUGGAGAUGCUGUCGGCUGUGGGAAACUGAGGCAAAGGCCUGGAAGGGCCUUUAUUUUCAUUCUGCUUCCCUUGUUUUCCUUUCAUGACCCUAUGGGUGAGGCCAUAGGUAGUCUGCAAGUGGGUAGACAGAAAAUGCCCUUUGUCUGCCACAGGCAUGACCUCUAGAGUGCCUACUUCCUCUUCCAACUUGAUAUUAGCCCAACCUCUGUUAGAAGGGCAACAGAAUGAAAUAAGGAUGAUGAAAUGCUUGCAAAGAGAAAGCGAAAUGGAGAAUAUGCAGUUUUUAAGUCCCUUUGCCAUUUUUAAGAUGCUUUUGAGUCCAGGAUUCUUUUGAAUUAAAGGUACAGCGAUUACAGGAGUAUAAGCAUUGAUUAAAUACCUAUGAUGAAAUAGCACAGCAAAAUGGAUAGACAUGGGCCUUGAAGUCAGAUGGGGUUUGAGUCUCUGCCCUGGCUGUAUAACUCUCGUGAGUUAUGUAACUUCUCUGAGCCUCAGUUUUCUCAUCUGUAAAAUGGGGAUAAUAGCACCUCCUAUGGAGAGCACAAAGCAGAUGGGACCACUGUAAUUAUAAGCAGUACUUGAUGCAGAUGAAAUACUACUGGCCUUUUGGGAAAUGGGGGUGGCAGUAGAAUGGGGAGGGAAUACACAAGAUUGCAAAGUGUGACCCCCACCAACUAGGAUCCUACAGAACGAUCUAACACUUUACAUUUCACUUGAGGACUUUUCCAGGUGUAAAAUUUAUGUUGAUUUUUUUUUUUUCAUCCCAGGUUUGGUUUUCCUAAACAAAUCCUUUCACAGGGACCGACGGCACUUGAUAAUGUGACAAAAACCAGCCUCUUCCACCCCACUGCAGUGACUUUUGCCUGAAAGUGGAGCAGUGGGCACGGCCAACCUUGUCGUUCAUCAAUGCCGCCCCUGGCAGGAUCUGAGGAUUGGUGGCAGCCAUGCCUCCCCCUGCCCCAGCCGCUCCUUCCCCCCCACGCUAAUCUGCAUGGUGUGGGUGCCCUUGGGACCCCCGAGGACUGAUUGUCUGACCUUGCUUCACACCCCCAGUAAGGACUCCCCCAAGAUGUCGCUCGAGUGGCUGGUGGCCUGGAGCUGGUCGCUGGAUGGCCUGAGGGACUGCAUCGCCACCGGCAUCCAGUCCGUGCGGGACUGCGACACCACCGCUGUCAUCACUGUGGCCUGCCUCCUGGUCCUGUUCGUGUGGUACUGUUAUCACGUGGGCAGGGAGCAGCCCCGGCCCUACGUCUCCGUCAACUCCCUCAUGCAGGCUGCCGAUGCCAACGGGCUACAGAAUGGCUACGUGUACUGCCAGUCCCCCGAGUGCGUGCGCUGCACCCACAACGAGGGCCUCAACCAGAAGCUGUACCACAACCUGCAGGAGUACGCCAAGCGCUACUCCUGGUCCGGCAUGGGCCGCAUCCACAAGGGCAUCCGCGAGCAGGGCCGGUACCUCAACAGCCGGCCCUCCAUCCAGAAGCCCGAGGUCUUCUUCCUGCCCGACCUGCCCACCACGCCCUAUUUCUCCCGGGACGCACAGAAACAUGACGUGGAAGUGCUGGAACGGAACUUCCAGACCAUCCUGUGCGAGUUUGAGACGCUCUACAAAGCUUUCUCAAACUGCAGCCUCCCGCAAGGAUGGAAAAUGAACAGCACCCCCAGCGGGCAGUGGUUCACCUUUUACUUGGUCAAUCAGGGGAUUUGUGUUCCCAGGAACUGUAGGAAGUGCCCACGGACGUACCGCUUGCUCGGAAGCCUUCGGACCUGUAUUGGGAACAAUGUUUUUGGGAACGCGUGCAUCUCUGUGCUGAGCCCUGGGACUGUGAUAACGGAGCACUAUGGACCCACCAACAUCCGCAUCCGAUGCCAUUUAGGUCUGAAAACUCCAAAUGGCUGUGAGCUGGUGGUGGGGGGAGAGCCCCAGUGCUGGGCAGAAGGGCGCUGCCUUCUCUUUGAUGACUCUUUCCUGCAUGCUGCGUUCCAUGAAGGUUCAGCAGAGGAUGGCCCACGGGUGGUUUUCAUGGUGGAUUUGUGGCAUCCAAACGUUGCAGCGGCCGAACGGCAGGCCCUUGAUUUCAUCUUUGCUCCGGGACGAUGAGAGUAUUUCCUGUGCUGGAGUCGGCGAGAAGGGCCGAGGCGGGGCCUGGGCAGACUGUGGUCCGGUCCAGUCCCUACCGGUGUUACGUUUCCAUGCUCAGAAACCUGCCUCAGCGGAAAGCUCUUAUUUGGGAUUUUAUAUCAUGUCGGGUCCCUCUUUCCCUUGGUUAUUGUAAAUGGAAACUUUUCAGCUUGUAUUUCCUUAGAUUUUUUGUUUUCCUUCCAAUCAUUUGCUUCAGAGACUCCUUUCUGGCCUAACAGCGCAUUCCUUUGAUUGGUCCUUGAGUGACCAGAGACUUAGUGCCCUUGUAAGUCUGUCUUCUGUUGCUACUUGGUUUUUUCAGUGCUCUGAAAUAGAGUAACUAAAUGGUUAUUUGUCUGAAUAUAAUAAUGUAAAACUUCUUGUGGUCAUCUUAAAAAAAAAAAAACUAAACUAAAAACUGCAAACCAGAGAGCUAGAGAACUUGGCCUCUGAUGCUGGCACACAGGGGACCCCUCAGCCACCCGAUGGCAGGAGGACAGUCUGCAGCCCCCACACCUGACUGGCUUCAGUAGCCAGGUGGAGAGGCUGCCAGACACGGUCAGAGCAGCGCACAGUAUCCAGGCCCAGGGAUACUGUCACCAUCGCUCACCUCACCCUAAACCUUGUCAGGUCCCUGAUGGCAAAAGCACUGGGCCAGCAGGACUGGAGGCUACUCUUUAAACACGGCUUUCCUGCAAAGCUGAAGCUGGUGUCCCCCAGCGCCAAGCUGCGGCUCACACAGAUCAGCCACGGAACGUGUGAUCCGCUUACCUCACUGCCUACAGAAGCCCUACUGCCAAACUGGGCCUGGAAAAUUCCCAGUUUUAGCUGUUUUGAGUCCACAGUGAUGAACGUUAAGACCACCAGGUUGGCUGAUAGGAGCUGUAGGGGGAUAAGACCAUGCUCACCCAGCGACAUUCGGGGAAAGCCUUUCUCUGGCAAAACUGGAAUAAUAGAUCUGACCAAAGUUUCUGUUUUGCUUUGGAGUUCAGUUGCCUAUUUUUUUUUUUUUCAUUUAUUUGUCUGUACAUAAAUGUUCAAACACUAGACUCGGAGAUAGUGGAAGAGUUGGCCCUGUGUCUUUGUCACGGCACAAAGGUGUGCACUGCGUGACGAUGACCCAAGCCAGUGUGUGCUAGUGAGACAGAGAAGACCUACAUGCCCAGAGGACCCGUGGCCGUUGUGCUGGUUUUCUGGUCUCCUGUGAAGAACAUGUGGAUCUCUUCCCGAAGGAAAAGGUCCCAGGAGACCAGUUUGAGGCACUCAGUCUAGAAAUAGCCUGUGUUAGCUGAUGUGUGAAAGCGUAGCCGGCCAGCCACACUAGAGAUGCCUUUUCUGAAUAAUGUAUUAUGAGCAGUGUCAGAUUUAUAAAGCCGAGGAGUGGUUUGGAACAUACAGUUGGUCGCAGGUGCAGGUCCAGCGUUUAGAUCCGAAUGGAAAACAGGUACAACUGUCGCAAGAAAACACAAUUGAAAUGCACCAGGCAGGUACUAGCAAGUGUGCAAAGAGCACAUGUCUACAUUUGAGUAAAACGUCUACACAGAUAUUUGUCAGUGGCGAGAAUGCAGGAAAAGGCAGACAUUUCAAACACACCUGAAGUCUUUUUACUCAUUAAGUAUCUUGUUAAAGAAUCACUGAGGUGCAUGAUUUCUACACAUCCUGACUACUCUGCGUUUACGAAACCAACAGCCCGCACAGGUACCUAGCUACCUGCAUUCAUGUGACACAUCUGGGGAACAGAAGAUAAAUAAAGGAUCUUGCUAAAAACCAGA